AUUAGCUCAGCUCUCAGGCACUCUCAGUCUCUGCUGGAAAGAGGAGCUGGGAGGAUGUGCGCUCUGUUACCGCGGCUCCCCACGGCACGCCGAGAAGAUCGAGAGAAAUAAGGCAAGAAAGGCGAACCGAGAGACGAGGAGUCCUCCCAGAUCAAGCUGAGGGACCACGAGGGGGAAAGGGAGCCUGCUUAUCGCCCGUCCGAAGCCCCCGCGCCGUUUUGGAAGUGCCAGAGAUUUGGGCCUUUUCCUUUUCUUCUGCGUUGUUCCUUUCCACAGACCAAGCUUUCUUCCUCCUCCUGCUUUUUACUUUCCUCCCCCGCGCCUUCCUUUCGGUGGAUAUGGACAGAAGGGUGAUUACUGCAGAGAAGCAGCAGCCGCCAGAACAUAUUUGAGCCCCUGGUUCUCGGAGCGUGGCACAGACUUUUUGUAUUUCUGUGGGUGGCGUGUGUGUGUGUGAGUGAGUGAGUGAGUGUGUGUGUGGUGGAGGUGUGGGAGGCGGGAUUGGUUUGCCUGGGGGGUUGGCUGAGGGGGUGAGUGCUCGGAUGAAGACCUCUUUUUGGCGUGACUCUGUGCUCCAUCGGGGCAGCUUGGAGACUUGGAGGUUUUGAAAUUGUAACGAAUCAAGAGAAAAGAAAGAAGAGAGAGACACGCAUACAAAAGGAUUUAUUUCCUAUUCCUUAGUGGAUUGUUAAACCUGAGUGGGAAGGAGAAAAAAAAACAAGGGUGGGUUGUUUUAUUUUGUUCAGAAUUUUUUUCUUAAAAAAAAUCCCUUAAGUGGAUUUGUACCAGGGUGGAAGAUAACUGGGGAUUUUUGUUGUUUGUUUUGGGAAUAGAAACUAAAAAAUGGAGACUGUAAGUAGAAGCAGCUUCCAGCCUCAUCCAGGACUGCAGAAGACCUUGGAACAGUUUCAUCUGAGCUCUAUGAGCUCCCUGGGUGGCCCUGCUGCUUUCUCAGCACGAUGGGCACAGGAGAUGUACAAGAAAGACAAUGGCAAAGACCCAGCAGAACCUGUACUGCAUCUGCCCCCCAUCCAGCCUCCUCCGGUAAUGCCUGGUCCCUUCUUCAUGCCCUCGGACAGGUCCACGGAGAGGUGCGAGACCAUCCUGGAAGGGGAAACCAUCUCCUGCUUCGUGGUGGGUGGAGAGAAGCGGCUUUGCUUGCCCCAGAUCCUGAACUCGGUGCUCAGGGACUUCUCCCUGCAGCAGAUUAAUUCGGUGUGUGAUGAGCUACACAUUUACUGCUCCAGAUGCACUGCUGACCAGCUGGAAAUCCUCAAAGUCAUGGGCAUCCUGCCCUUCUCUGCUCCUUCCUGCGGGCUCAUCACUAAAACUGAUGCCGAGAGGCUUUGUAACGCCUUGCUUUAUGGUGGCACCUAUCCUCCCCACUGCAAGAAGGAAUUCUCUAGCACAAUUGAGCUGGAGCUUACAGAGAAGAGCUUCAAGGUGUAUCAUGAGUGCUUUGGGAAGUGUAAGGGACUCUUGGUGCCAGAGCUUUACAGUAACCCCAGCGCAGCCUGCAUCCAGUGCUUGGACUGCAGGCUUAUGUACCCACCUCACAAAUUUGUGGUCCACUCUCACAAAUCUCUGGAAAACAGGACUUGCCACUGGGGCUUUGACUCUGCAAACUGGAGAUCCUAUAUCCUCCUCAGCCAGGAUUACACUGGGAAAGAGGAGAAAGCUAGACUGGGCCAGCUCUUAGAUGAAAUGAAAGAAAAAUUUGACUAUAACAACAAAUACAAGAGGAAAGCCCCCCGGGGCAUGUUUCGUUUGGGAAGCAAAAUUAAGAAAUCUCCACGUUCGUGCGCCAGAAAGGUCUCUUCAGAUCCUCCUGCUUCCAAAAAGCCCAAAAUAGAUGACUCUGCUUCCCAAUCUCCAGCUUCUACUGAGAAGGAAAAACAGUCCAGUUGGUUACGGUCCCUAUCCAGUUCGUCUAAUAAGAGCAUUGGCUGUGUCCAUCCCCGGCAGCGUCUCUCAGCUUUCCGGCCCUGGUCCCCCGCUGUAUCGGCCAACGAGAAGGAGCUCUCCACCCACCUUCCCACUCUGAUCCGAGACAGUUUUUACUCCUACAAAAGCUUUGAGAAUGCCGUGGCCCCCAACGUGGCACUGGCACCUCCAGCCCAACAGAAAAUUGUCAGCAACCCCCCCUGUGCCACCGUGGUGUCGCGGAGCAGCGAGGCCCUGAGCAGCACGGUCCAGCCGCGGAAAAGGAAACUCGCUGCAGAGAACCCAGUGAUCCCAGAAGCAGCAGCCACCGUCACGGCCACUGUCACUGCCACCGAAGAGGAUAAGGAAUCAGAAGCAGAAAUUGAAGUAGAAACCAGGGAAGAAUUCACCUCCUCCUUGUCCUCGCUCUCCUCCCCGUCCUUCACUUCGUCCAGCUCUGCCAAGGACAUGAGCUCCCCGGGGAUGCAGGCCCCGGUCCCGGUCAGCAGCUCCUACGAGGCUGCAGCCCACCCUGACUCCCACAGCAGCGGGCUGGAAGCGGAGCUGGAGCACCUGAGGCAGGCCCUGGACAGUGGCCUCGAUACAAAAGAAGCCAAAGAAAAAUUCCUCCAUGAAGUUGUUAAAAUGAGAGUGAAGCAGGAAGAGAAGCUCAACGCUGCCUUGCAGGCCAAACGCAGCCUACACCAGGAGCUGGAGUUCCUCAGAGUGGCCAAGAAAGAGAAACUGAGAGAAGCGACGGAGGCGAAGCGCAACUUAAGGAAAGAGAUUGAACGUCUGAGAGCUGAGAACGAGAAGAAAAUGAAGGAAGCCAACGAGUCUCGGAUACGACUGAAGAGGGAGCUGGAACAAGCCAGGCAGAUCCGGGUGUGCGACAAGGGCUGCGAAGCGGGAAGGCUCCGGGCCAAGUACUCAGCCCAGAUUGAGGACCUGCAGGUCAAGCUUCAGCACGCAGAGGCUGACAGGGAGCAGCUCCGGGCUGACCUGAUGCAUGAAAGGGAGGCUCGGGAACACUUGGAAAAAGUAGUCAAGGAACUUCAGGAACAACUGUGGCCUAAAUCCAGCAGCCAAGCCAGCAGCGAGAACACGGCGAGCGCCCUGGAGAACUGACCCCUCAGCCAGACUGAGGCGCAGUGAGGGAG